AUGCCCGGAGAUUCCGGACCCGCAUUAGUGAGCGUUUUAGAGAAAAUACAGACAAAACCGCCAAACGUUGACAUCCCUUACGACGAGAAUACAAUCUAUUGUUUCGAUUCCGAGUCCUUUCGAUAUCUCGUGGCUUCGGUUCCGCCAAAUAAUAUACAGUUUGACCCGAAAUAUAAGUCCAGUUAUGUUGAGAGUUGGGACCGAUCUGUGACGGAAUGCAAGCGUUUAUUUCAUCACAUAAUACAACUGCCGGCACACAAAGUAAUUGAUACUAUAUCUGUGAAUAACGCCAAACAAAUAACACAUUUAUUAACCAAACCGUUGGCCGACAUCUUGAAGAAUAUCGCGGAUAACGUUAAACAAUGCGAAGAACAUAGCGUUGAGAUCAACGAGUUUUCGGGAACUAUUGAAGAGUUAAACAAUAAGCUAUACAUACCAUCGGUUGAGAUAAUAUCCGUACCAUUUGAUACACCAAAGACCGUGUGCGAGGCUGACGAGUGCUGUAAACCUGUUUCAACCAAUGGCGUAACAAAAAAACAUUACCACAUGUUUUGUCCGUCAACAAGUUAUAAUCAAUUUACUGAUGGUGGUAUUUUGGGCAAAAUGGGCUCGCUUGUAUGUAAUCUGCUGGCUGAUGGCGCAUACCGUGACUUAUUGCGUAAACCCGGUGAAUCAUUACCAUUAUGGUUGAUCAGAUUUGGAUUACUGUCAGCCAAAAAUAUAGCAAAGCUGUUUGUUGGGACAGAUGUGUGUCAGUGCGGACACAGUUACGCCAAACACCGGCACCUGUUAUACGACACGCAGACAAAAGUGACCCAAAUUUAUGACGAAACUAUUGGCAAUCAGAUUGAGUCAACCAAAACCGCGGCCCAAAAGAAACGCCAACUGAUCCGAAAACUGGACCAACGGAUGGCCGCUUUGGAGGCCGAGAGCGCUGUGAUCGCCAAAGCGAUGGCACUGUUCGCCUGUUUUAUGGCCAACAGUGCUUUGACACCCGUCGGCGACGUCUACGAGGAUUACGUCUUACAGCUCUUGGCCAGCGAACGAUACGCCACGACUACUGGGGCCGACAUUGAGGACACAACCGCACGGCUCGAACAGAUGCUGACCUCUUAUGGAGCGGAAAAGGAGCAGAUUUUGUCGCAAAUGUACGGCACGUUUGGCGGUUUUCAGGGUACAGAUAUUACUGCGGCCCAAAUAAACAAUUGCGUAGACAAACUGUCCAAGCUCAAUCAUAGUGGCCCUUACAUUAGCAAAAUGUUGAAAGAA